AUGAUUUUAAUAUUAAUUGUAUAUCUUCUAUUUAUUAUAAAUAAUUAUGUUAAAAGUAGUCAAUGUGGAAAUGGAACUAUUCCUUUUAGUUUUGAGGCAUUAAAAGAUGGUCAACCAAUAUUAGGAUGUGCCAAGGCAACAUGUUUAGGAUGGCUACCAAAUGGAACACAUGUAGGAGGUAAUGUAAAAUUUUGGAAAGUUGAUGGGCAUCCUGAUGGGUAUUUAAGAUCUCAAAAUUUUAGAAUGGAAGAUAUAUAUAUAAAUCAAUAUUCUUCAAAAUCUAUUGUUAAAUGUGAAGAAGGUUUUCCAUCAAAACAUUGUGGUAAAUCAGGUGAAUGGGUUGGGGGAAUAAAAUUUUUACCAUAUGAAAAAUUAACAAAUACAACAAUGAAAAUGAAAUGUUGUACAUAUGAUAAAUUAUUAAAUUCUUUUGAUCAAGGUGUUGGUGAAGUCAAUCCUGGGCAAAUAUUUGUUGGUGGUGAAAUAUUUCGUAAUGAAAAACAAGUAGCAUUUGAGUAUAUAGCUGAUAUACAUAAAAAAAUAGACAAUGGAAGAAUUUUAUAUACUGUAACGACAAGAAGAUUUAAAUGUGGGAGAGGAUCUAAUGAAGAUAAACAACAUAUAGGAAGAAGAAAAUUAAAAAAGAUUAAUGUUAUUAUGAAAAAAAAAGUUAAUAAAGAAAUAAUAAAAAAACAAAUAAAUAAUAAAAUAAAGAAGAAUAAAGAUACAGAAGAUAUAUCUGAUGUUGUUUUUCUUAAAUUAUUAGAAGAAAUACAGAUGGCUGAGAAUAUUAUUAAAAAAGGUAAAACAAAUAAAUAUGAUAAAAGUUAUUAUAAACAACAUAUAAAAAAUGAUAUAAGAAUGUCACCUAAAAGAAAAGUUAACUUAGAUGUUAUUGAAGUUGAUGAAAAUAAUAGAGACUCACAACCAAGAUACCAAGCAUAUUGGGAUGCUAAUGAAAAUAAAUGGAAAUAUAAAACAUUUAUAAGAAAUAAAACACAUCAAAAAAUUAGUAAUGACAUACUUUUUCCAUCAAGUGAUUCAAUAGUUUCUGAAGGUUAUACAGAAGAUCAUUCAGUACCAUCAAUUCCUGUUACUGUUAAACCAAAAUUAAGAAAAUUAAAAUUAGAAACUGGUGUUUAUGUUCAGAUACCAAAAAGAACAACACUUGAACCACAAUAUCCAAAAACAGAACGAUUAACAAUGAUGUCAACUAUAAUUUCUACAACGUUACCACCAUCACCACCAUCUCAACCAGAAAGAACAGUCAAUUGGUUUGGGCAACAGUUAGUUCCUGGUAAAACUUAUAAAGUUUAUGAUACUCUUACACCAGAAUUAUCCUAUGAAUUUACAGUACCAGAUGUUUUAGCACCUUUUUCAGGACCACAAUCACCUCCAACAUCAAUAUUAGAUGGUUUACCUGAUGCAUUAAAUAUUUUUAGUCCUUUACAAAGUCAUUCAAUAUUUACACCAUCACCAACAUUAGAUCAAGCUUUACGAGCAAUCAUCUCACCCCUACAUCAAACACCAUCAAAUAUUCGUAGAUCUCCAAUAUCUCACGAUAUUUUUGUGUCAACAACAACCACUAAACCUGAUACAACAAUUUUGUUAGAAAAACCAUUAUCUAAUAUUGUUAUUCAAAAAACUGGUGAUAAAGUAAAUACAAUAACUCAAAAGAAUAUUGAUGAAAUUAUACCUGAAGGUGGAAGAAUGAUUCUUAAUAAAAUAGCUAGUACAUUACUUGGAGAAUAUUAUAAUCGUUUGAUGUUAUAA